CAUAGAUAAACAGUAACAAAUACGUAUGCUAAUUCUUAUAUCACUCUGCAAGAUAUUUCAUCGUAUUAAACAUGUGGAAAUAUUUUUAGUGUUUUUUUCCCCAAUUUUAUUGAGUUGUACAUACUAUUAGUCUUUUGUUUAUCAAGUGUAAGUCAAAGUGGGCAAAUUCAAAUACCAAUUCAAUACAAGUAAUUUCAUUCAAAUACGGACAUGGGUUUGAUUGGUGAUGUGUACUUCUGGAGACAGAGUAUCGUGCUGACAGCGGAUUGCAUACAUUCUGUGGGCACUGGUUUUAUGCUGUCAUUCCCUGCAGUACUCCAUCCUGCCAUCUUGUCUCCAAACAGCACAGGAAUACGUGCAACACCAGAUCAGACAUCUUCGAUUGCUGCCAGCCAUGGUGUGACAGGCAUGAUUGGAUUUUUCAUGGUCCCAUUUUUGAUGCAAACCCUGGGCCGGAAAACUGUUCACAUCGGAUUAAAUCUCUUAGUCAGUACCGGUUUCCUUAUCUUUGCAUUGGCCCAAAGCGUUCCUGUUCUGUUUGUGGCGAAAGCUAUACAAGGACUAGCACUAUGUGGAGUGUAUGUGACUUCUAUAAUGCUGGGAGAAUAUUCGCAUCCAAAACGAAGAGGGUACUUCAUGACACUAAAAAAGUGUUCAGUUGCCAUUGGUUCACUGAUGUGCCAUUCCAUGGCCUUAUGUUGGACCUGGAGACAAAUUGCUGCUUUUGCAAUACUUCCUCACAUUAUCGCGAUAUUAAUGACUUUGAUGUGGCCUGAGAGCCCAGCGUUCUUGGCCUUGAACGGAAGAUAUGACGAGUGUAGCAAAUCGCAUACAUGGCUUCAUGGAGACAGCCCGAAACACAAAACAGAGUUAGAAGAAUUAAUAGCAACCCAAAUGGAAAGAAGAGAACUUGCCAAGAAAAAGAAAAGUUUGAAAGCGUUAAUUAAAAAAAAUUUGAAGAAAGAUUUCAUGAAACCAUUCGUAAUAGCUUCCAUAUUAACUAUGUUGGUAGAUGCAUGUGGAAGGUACUAUAUGUUGGCUUAUGUGGUCCAAAUUUUAACUGAGAUCACCAAAGAUAAGUCUAUUGCUGCAUUUUGUACUAUAGGAGCAGAUUCGUUAACUAUAAUCGCAUUGUUGUUGUCGUGUUAUAUUAUCCGUUGUUUUAAACGACGCACCUUGCUAUUCACUGCUGGUAUAACUUCUGUUAUUUUAAUGUUUUCGACUAGUUUAAUUGCGAUUUUAAAAACCUAUCAUACCAUUGGAGAGUCUGUAAUUUGGAUAAUACCUAGUAUUAUUUUAUUAAAUGUUUUCAUUGUUAACGUAGGGAUUGUACCAGUUUGUUUUGCUAUUAUAGGCGAAAUAUUUCCAUUGGAACACAAAGGUAUAGGAUCAUUCGCAACGGGGGUAGUAUUCACUAUUUUGUAUGCACUUGUGAUGAAAUUUACACCAUUGAUGAUGGAAAAGACUGGAAUUGAAGGCACUUUUGGCAUCUACGGACUCCUCGUGGCUUUUUCUUUGUUUAUAUUAUAUUUCGUAUUAAAUGAAACAAAGGAUAAAACAUUACAAGAAAUAGAAAACGAAAUCAGAGGCGUUAAACCCCUACUCGACAGAAAACAUGAACGUUAGUAAAUACUUAGAAGGUACUUAGAGAUAAAGAAUUAUUUUGAAACCAUUUAGUUAAUGACAAAAUCUAAUAUUAUACUAAUAUUAUAAAUGCGAAAGUGUGUCUGUCUGUCUGUAUGCUACCUUUUCACGGCCCAAAAAGUUUAACCGGUUCUGAACGUUUGGUACGGAGUUAGCUUACAUCCCGGGGAAAGGUACAGGCUAUACUGGUACCUAUUCGUAUUUGUAAUGAAUGUUUCUGUU